CUUCCCCUCAGGCUCCAGAGCUCUACGGUACGGUAGUAUCGUUGUCAAUUGGCAAGGUGGUGAGCCAGGCGUCUUUUUGCGGCUUUGGAGUGUGACUCUCUGAAGGUUGAAAUUUUAAAAAGUUCAGCUUGUUCUUUUAGGGUUUGGAAGCCGGGUCGGCCUUCCUUAGCUUACAUACGUUGCUACAUGAGCAAGGCUUGGAUUGCCAGCUGGUAGGGUGGGUGGCCAAUGCUGAGCUCCGCAGGGCAGACGAGUUUUCAAAGGAUCUCAGAGAAGGCGUAAGCGCCACAUUAAGGACAGAAAGGUCGCCGACUUUCUGCCGGCGCUGCAAACUCUGGAAGUUUGCGACAACUUGCAAUGAUGGCCUCCGUAGUUUGCAAAGCAUACGCUUUGCCUGCAGCCUCCGCUUCCGUCGGCAGGGCGUACAGCUCACAGAGCGCCAGCACGUCCGCUCUGACUAUCCCGCAUGCACCGCUGCAUUUGCCUUUCAAUGUCGGAAGCUCUAAACCUCGGAGACACAGGUGCUCUGGAGUCAUUCUGAGUACCCUCUCCACAUCUGCUGGCUUUAGUCAUCAUGAUCAAGCUUCGGGUGGUUCACAAGGCCACUGGCAACAAGUAAUAAGGCGGCAAGUUGGUGCCAGGGCGUCCGCUGGGAGCCUGAGCGGUGACGGUGGGGAUGCAGAAAGCUUAGCGGCCGCCAAAGACGCGAGGGAUAAACGCAACUUGAAUGGCGUUAUAGGCAUCGGCGCCGUGCUCGCUGUAUUGGGGGGCAUGGUCGCUGCUUAUGCAGUCGGUGGGCCUCGGGCGCUUUUAGAGGCUAUAUCAAAGUCGGGCCUUCCCGCCGCUUUCUCGCUCAUCUUCGUCUCGGAGAUCGGUGAUAAGACCUUCUUCAUUGCAAUGCUCCUAGCUAUGAGGCAUGCAAAGAUCCCGGUUCUCGUCGGGUCGUCAGCAGCCCUUUCGCUCAUGACGGUCAUCUCCGUUGCUAUUGGAAGGCUCUUCCAAAAAGUGCCCGCGCAACUGAAGACAACCAUACCCGUCGGCGAAUAUGCCGCGGUCGCGUUGCUUGUGUAUUUCGGUUUCCGCGCGUUGAGAGCCGCCUGGCUGAUGCCAGACGAGGCCUCGGUCGACGAGGGGGAGGAGAGCGAGUUGGCAGCGGCAGAAGAGGUCCUGAAAAAGCAGGAGGCUGAACGGACCUCGAAGGUUAACAAGCUGUCCGUAUGGGAGGUCCUGGUCGAGUCGUUCUCCCUCGUUUUCCUGGCGGAGUGGGGCGAUCGGUCAAUGUUGGCAACUAUCGCACUAGGAGCUGCGCAAUCGCCCGUCGGAGUCGCCCUCGGCGCAAGCGGUGGCCACGUGCUUGCCACUGGUCUCGCUGUCUUUGGCGGCUCAUUUUUGUCGCAAUACAUCUCAGAAAAGCAGGUGGGCUACGUUGGAGGCAUUCUAUUCUUGGUAUUCGCCGUUGCAACCCUCAUGGGAAUUUUCUAGUCAUUGUUCGAUAUGUUGAGUUAGGAAAGAAAAGAUCCUCAGAAUUUGGGGCAGUCAAGUUGAAGCUGGUUGGGACCCAAGGAGCCCCGUUUUGCAGGCCCAAUCUAUUUUAUGAUGCCAAUGGGCAUUAGAAAGAAGCAGACGUUUGUUGCUUUUCGGCGGGAGAAGAAUCAUGAUGCCUGUUGACAUGGGUUUGAGCAUUAUGCUUAGUACGGACAUAUGCCGCGCUCAGCUAGCUCUAAUCCUAGACAAUGCACUUGCUGUAUAUGCACCUGGAGUAAUUCAGACACGUGUGCACU